GUAGGAGAAGUGGAGCGUGAUUGUCGGGAAGGAUUACUCGCGGAUUUUGUACCAGAAUACGAGUGACAAUUUGUUAAAGCAAAUAAGUUCACUUUUUGCCACCUGCUUUUUUUCACUACUAAUUCCGUUGUGUUACGGGCACGGAUUCGACGCUAUUUUCUCACUUUGAACUCGACGCUUUUUCUGCACCGUUACUUAUGGAUGAUGACACGAUUCCUUUCGAUGAAGAAGACGAAGCGAGAGCUGGAAAGCUCAAGCAUCCAUAUGUAACAAUGUUUCACCUGGCUUUCAGAGUGACGGCAAUAGUGGUUUAUAUAUUUUGCGGAUGGUUUUCCAAAAGUUUCAUAGCCAGUUUUGUGACCGUGAUCCUCUUACUUUCAAUGGAUUUUUGGACAGUCAAGAACAUUACAGGAAGAUUAAUGGUUGGCCUUAGAUGGUGGAAUUAUGUCGAUGACAAUGGAAUAAGUCAUUGGGUGUUUGAAUCUAGAAAGGGCGCUAAACAGAAUCGAAUUAAUCCAUCCGAGGCAAGGAUAUUUUGGCUCGCAUUGAUUAUAUCACCAAUAUUGUGGGGUGUCUUCGUUCUCGUGGCUUUGUUUGGCCUGAAACCUAAAUGGCUGCUUCUGGCUUUCAUCGCACUUAUCCUGAAUGGAGCUAAUCUUUAUGGAUACGUUAAGUGCAAAAUUGGAAGCAAUAAGAAUAUCUCUUCCGCAACUUCUGAUUUUUUCAAAAAACAAGUCAUUCAUAACGUGACUACAAUGAUGGCCAAGAGUCCACCUACCGGAAAUUUCAGUCAGCCAACAAAUAUUAUUUAAACUGUCUAAAGUGAUGUGAUAUUAAUUUUAUUAUU